AUGGCUUUCUCGUCGGUCGUCGUUCCGCUCUGGGCCCUCUUUGCCCUCGUCUACGGUCCAGCUCCUGCGGCCGCCGUGACGCUGACCUACUGUUCAUCCGAGAACACCGGCGCGUCCUUUGAUCCUAAGUCGAGUAUCUUUCAGUCGAACGGUCUAUGCCAACAAACAUGCACGGCGGACUAUGCGUUCGCAAUUAUUCUCGGCGAGAAAUGCUGGUGCUCCAACUACGCCCCCGGUUCCACCACCAGUACGUCGAAUUGCAACAGUCCUUGUCCCGGCUAUCCGAGUGACCACUGUGGAAACACUUCCGACAAUCUGUAUGCCUAUAUCCAGCUUUCCAACCACGAGCCCUCGGGAACGGCGGGGGCAACGUCCACCGGCACGACCGCUACAACCGACACGCCUGCACAGGGGAGUACCACAACUAACUCAAUGCCUGAGGCUUCAACUGUCACUGUAACUGCGACUCCUGAGUCGAGCAUGACCUCUUCCUCUACUUCUACAACCGCCCCUACGACCAGUGCUCCUACAACCACGGCGCCGAUCGUGUCGGUGCAAACGGUCGCAGGCCAGCCCGUUACCAUUACUGUCGUGAAUCCGGCGUCGCCAACAUCGACUGCUGCAGCUUCCAGUGACAGUCACGGCUCCGGGUUGAGCGGAGGAGCUAUCGCUGGUAUCGUCAUUGGAUCCCUAUUGGGGGUGGGCGCGCUGGUGGCAUUUGGACUGUGGUUAUGGUUCUUCGGCCGUCGUCGCGACUCGCGUAACGUCGCCUCACCCGACUCGCGAUACGACACCUUACUUGAUAACCGCCGGCAGAGCAAAGCCUCCCAGAUGAGUUUGAUGCGGGGCUGGUUCUCGCCGCACUCGGAGAAAUCGUCCUCUCCAGAUCAUAUGAGCCCCGCUCCAGCCCCUACCUUUACCGACAGCCGCAUGAAACAGGAUGCCGUGCUCUAUCCGAGCGGGAGCCGGCACAGCACCGUGUCGCUCCAGGACGAUCAGGACUACUCACGGCCAGUUUUACGGCUCACGAAUCCCGAUUGA